AUGUGUUUGCUUGGGAGUUUUAUCCAGCAAAGCUUACCCCUCCAGCUCCUGCUGCUGGUGGGGGUACCUGUGGUCAUUGUACUUCUGCUGGUACAGUGCCUUCGUUGGAGCUGCCUCCGAAGCAGUCAGCAAAACUCAGAGGCCCCACAGGACAUGGAGGAGCCGGUCCCUGAGCCCUUCUCCUUGCCAGAGGAUGAUGCCCCAAGGCAGUAUCCACCAGCCACCCUGACAGAGAUGGCCAACUUCUACCAGGAGCUGCACUCACCCGCUGAGGGCCGAACUGUGAUCCGACAACUGAUGAACAAGCUCUUGGUGUUUGCAUGGCGUGAGGUGGAUCACCAGGGGGGCUGUCUACUGCUCAAGGACAUGGGCAUCUCUCUGUUCAUCCCACCAGGGGCAGUAGCUCUGGGACGCCGGGAGCAGGUGUCCCUGACCCUGGUGUGGGAUCUGUCUGAUGCCCCAUCACUGUUGAGUACCCAGGCCUUGGUAAGCCCAGUAGUGGCAUGCAACCCCCACGGAGCCUCUUUCCUGAAACCCUGCACUCUGACUUUCAAGCACUGUGCCCAGAACUCCAGCCAUGCCUAUAUCUAUUCCAGCAAUACUACUCUGCUUGAUAACAAGAUCUGGAAGCCCCUGAGACAGCCUGGGGCUCACACUUCGAGAGAUGAGUGUCGAAUCCCCCUCUCCCACUUCAGUCUCUAUACCUGCGUGCUGGAGGCUCCCAAUGCAUAUGAUGCCCGAAAGUGGUUGCAGAUAGCUGUAUUCUGCUCAGCCCUGGUACCAGGACAGUCACACCUGCAGCUGCGUGUCUACUUCCUCAACAACACACCCUGUGCCCUGCAGUGGGCAAUGACUAAUGAGGAGCCCUAUGGAGGGCGCCUCCGUGGGCCCUGCCAACUCUUUGACUUCAUGGGGACCCGAGGGGACCAGUAUCUGAAGCUCAAGUACAUCUCUGAAGGCUGGGAAAAUGUGGAUGACAGCAGUUGCCAGAUUGUACCCUACCUCCACAUUUGGCAUGGAAAGUGCCCCUUCCGCUCCUUUUGCUUCAAGAAAAAAGCAGGAACCAAUGAGGAUGAAGAUAACUCGGCACUGCCCAAUGAGAUUAUUGUCACUAUGCACACCUUUCAGAAUGGCUUGGAGACCAAGUACAUGGAAAUCCUAAGGUUCCAGGCAUCAGAGGAAGAAAGCUGGGCAGUGCCACCUCCAGUCUCUCGACCUACCCCAUGUAACAGGCUGCCUCCGGAGCUCUUUGAGCAAUUGCAGAUGCUUUUGGAGCCAAGCAGUAUCACAGGCAAUGACUGGCGCAAGCUGGCAUCCCUUCUAGGACUGUGUGGCAUGAAGAUCAGGUUCCUGUCCUGCCAGCAAAGUCCAGCUGCUGCUGUCCUGGAGCUGUUUGAGGAGCAGAAUGGGAGCCUCCAGGAGCUUCGCUACCUCAUGACGUCCAUGGAGAGACUGGACUGCGCUUCGGCCGUCCAAGCCUACAUUAACAGCAAGCAGGGCCAACUUUCGACACCAUCAGGCACUCCAGUCAUUACCCACAAAACCAGGUUUGAUGAAGGCCUGGAACUAGAUGUAAAACUUUGA